AUGGUAAAUAAUUAUUGCAGUAACUUUCCAAAUCCUUGCGAUAAUGGGGGAACAUGUGUUUCAAUCUAUCCGAAUACUUUUAUGUGCAAUUGUCCACCAGGUUUUACAGGCAGUCUUUGUGAUUAUCCUGAAAGUAUAAAUAAUAAUUGUCUUAGUAGCCCUUGUAAAAAUAAUGCAUCAUGUAUAACAAUACCGGGUGGAGGUUUUCAAUGUAUUUGUCGUUCAGGCUUUACGGGUAUAACUAAUCCUAAUGCUUGCCCGAUCAAUCCAUGUUUCAAUGGUGGAUCAUGUGAAUUACUGCCGGGUGGUGGUUUUCGAUGCAUAUGUCGUUCGGGUUUUAUUGGAAAUCGUUGUGAACUAUCCACUAGUACAUCUGGUGGAUCUACUUCUUCUGCUUGUCGAAAUAAUCCAUGUGUUAAUGGGGGAUCUUGUCAAAGUGUACCAGGUGGUGGUUUUCGAUGCAUAUGCCGUACUGGUUUUACGGGAAAUUUUUGUGAAUUAUCUACUGGUACAUCUGGUGGAUCUACUUCUACUGCUUGUCGAAAUAAUCCAUGUGUUAAUGGGGGAUCUUGUCAAAGUGUACCAGGUGGUGGUUUUCGAUGCAUAUGCCGUACUGGUUUUACGGGAAAUUUUUGUGAAUUAUCUACUGGUACAUCUGGUGGAUCUACUUCUACUGCUUGUCGAAAUAAUCCAUGUGUUAAUGGGGGAUCUUGUCAAAGUGUACCAGGUGGUGGUUUUCGAUGCAUAUGUCGUACAGGUUUCACGGGAAAUUUUUGUGAAUUAUCUAUUAGUACAUCUGGUGGAUCUACUUCUACUGCUUGUCGAAAUAAUCCAUGUGUUAAUGGCGCAUCAUGUGAAAAUGUACCAGGUGGUGGUUUUCGAUGUAUAUGUCGUGCAGGCUUUACGGGAGUAUUUUGUACGUUUCCAAUAACAGGUUGA